CGUGCGACCUCUCUCUCUGCCCUCCCUCUUCCGACCGGCGAACCACCGCGAGCAACCGGCGAACCAGGAGGAUACCGGCGAGACGACCGCGAGCAACCGACCGGCGUGCGACCUCCCCCCCUCUCUCUCUGCCCUCUUGAGUUUGAGUUCGCGGAUAAACUGUCUACUGAUUUGUUCUUUCUCUGCAACAUUCUUUCGAGCGAACGCUCCCAAAAUCCAGGCACUUUCUCAGUUCUUGUUAAGCUCUACAAGCAACAUACUUUCAGCGAGUGAACACUCCCAAAAUUCCGACACUUUCUCAGUUCUUGUCAAACUCUACAAAAUAAAGGAAAAAUUAUGUCCACGCAAAAGAGAGCUUCGGAUUCCACUUUUUUGGAUGAACCAAGUGGAUCCAAGAGGCCAUGCUUGGAUCAAAACAUAUCGAAGCCUGCGUCGAAGUAUAGCAUUUUGUUAGCAUUUGUUUGUGGGGUUGUGCUGCGGCUUUUAUGUGAAAACUUACAUAUAUCAAAUGUUGUUGUCUUGAAUCUGCCAUGCGAUUUUGCAUUACGCCAAUUGCAGGACUUUCUCCUUAUUGGAAUUGAACCCUGUUAGAUUUUUUUACCUAGCAAGUGAUCUGUUAUCAUUCCCCUUGCUCUCCUGCUUGCUAAAUUAUCCUAUCUUGCCUUUUUUUGUUCUUUCUUUUGCUGAUCUCCACACAGUCAAGAAUGGAAAGGGUCUGAGAGGGGUUUCGUGCCAAGUAGUUGUUUCAUGUUGGAGGAUGGCCAGAGAGAGAUUGGAAAAGUGGUGGAGCUUCUUAUAUCUCGCUGGGCUAACAAUCUUCAAAGCUUGGUGGAGAAUAUGGAGAGUGCUCUCAAAGCAAUGCAGCAACGGAUAAGCUCAUUGGAGAAUGGUUUUCGGAAACUGAUGAAGGAAAAGAUCUAAAAUUGGUGGACGCCCCUGUUUCUGGUCGUGUUAAAAGAGCUGCUAGGGAAGUCGAUGACUUCUCAUAUGAUGUGGACAGGCUUUAAAGAGUUACGGACUUAUUAAUGUGCAACAAGAAGAAUCUUAUGGUGAUAUAUCGUUGAAGUUGACUCCUACAUUUUCAAAGGCACAAAUUUGGUUUCACUUAUAAAUGAGGUCUUGGACCAAGCGAAGAUUGAAUCGAGCAAGAUUGAGAUUGAGGCUGUGCAGUUUGAUUUAAGGGCCAUAUUGGAUAAUGUCUUGUCCCUCUUCUCGGGGAAAUCUCAAGAAAAAGGAGUGGAGCUAGCAGUUUACAUUUCUGAAAAUGUUCCGCAGAAGUUGAUUGGUGAUCCGGGGAGAUUUCGGCAGAUCAUCACAAAUCUUAUGGGGAACUUAAUUAAACUAUUUGCUUAUGAUACAGUCAACAAACAGUUGUCGCAUAAACCUGGGGAACAGCCAAAGCUUCCCCUUCCUGCCUCCUUAGUUGCAGGUGCCUGUGCUGGUGUGAGCUCAACAAUAUGUACAUAUCCUCUUGAGUUGGUCAAAACUCGAUUCACAGUCCAGAGGGGAGUUUAUGAUGGUAUGUUUGAUGCGUUCUUGAAAAUAGUGAGGGACGAGGGACCUGCAGAAUUAUAUAGAGGCCUCGCUCCUAGUCUUAUCGGAGUGAUUCCAUAUGCUGCCACCAACUAUUUUGCUUAUGACAUGUCGAGAAAGGCAUAUCGGAAGUUUUUUAAGGAAGAGAAGAUUGGGAACAUCGAGACCCUUCUCAUCGGAUCAUUAGCUGGCGCUAUUUCGAGUAGUGCAACUUUCCCCUUGGAGGUAGCUCGGAAGCAUAUGCAAGUGGGACCAGUCAGCGGUAGGCAGGUGUACAAAAACGUGGUUCAUGCUCUUGCGAGCAUACUUGAGCAGGAAGGUGUUGGAGGUCUAUAUAGAGGUUUAGGCCCUAGUUGCAUGAAGUUGGUGCCUGCUGCUGGGAUAUCCUUCAUGUGCUACGAAGCGUGCAAGAGGAUUCUGGUUGAGGAUGAUGAAGAGGCGUAACCACAUAUUUGACAAGAAGAAAUGCGAGGUCUUUUGCUAUGGGUCAUCUACAAAAAGAGUGGAUAAAGAUGACUAUUUUGUAUACUGCGAUUUUUUUUUUUUUUUUUGGUCAGAUGUAUUCUGCGAUUGAAUGGUUUAGUUUAUGUUUUUUUCUUUUGCUCA